UGGGAUACAUCGGAUUCAACACUUUCGAAUAAGAGUUUAAAAAUAAAGUGCGGUGCGGUUGGGACGUCCCUGAAGCAAUCAAUAUGGCCACCCGUUAGUCCGAGGUAGACCAGAUAGUUUAGAGCAAGUUGUUUUCACCGGAGAUAUUUGAAGGGUAACAAUCCACUCGAAUAUGCAACAAAUUAGCAACGUAAUUAGUUGAAAUAAAGUUCCGCAUUCCGGUGAAUGGUUGUGUAAUUUUUUGUGGUUAAAUUAUGUUAAAAAGCUGAAAUAAACGUCAGUUUGAUAGGACAGGUUGUGCAUUGUACAUUUAUCGCUAGCGAUAUAGCUGCGGAAGACGCGUAAGAAAUUGGUACAUUUUAUGAACAUAUUUAUCAUAUCUGGUGUUUGGUGUCGAUGAAAAAAUGUGUGGUAUUUUCUACGCCAUGUGACUAAGCUUGGUUGGUAUUUUUUAACACGUCAAUUGCAGUGGAAACGUUUUCCUCAAUGUCCGGUACAAAAGAUAACGAAAUGAGUAAACUAGCAGCAACUGAGGGUGCCGAUUGUGGAAAAGAUGAAGAAAUGGCCGGCAAAGACGUGGCUCAGGACAAUGUUAGCAUACGAAAAAUUCUCGAAGGAAUGACGAACGAGUUCAACAAAAGCCUGAGCUUGAACAAAACUCUUGAUGUUGAAAAUACGACACAGAAAAAUAACAAAGUUGAUAGUAUCCUUAAGGAUCAUGAGAGGGUUCUCAAACAUUCCAAGGUCGUUGAUGAAGAACCAACACAAGUUGAUGAAGUAUCAGAAGAGUGCACUCAGGCUACCAGAACCAAAGCACCAGACGUCAUAGAUGAUCCUGCUGAAAAAGCAGUCCAAGAAAAUGACCACAGCCCCGAAAAGGACAUUACCUCGAAAAAGGAUAGUCCGAAUAAAGAAUCUAUACCAAGAAUAAUAUUGACAUUUAGAACAAUAGACGAGAACACGGAUGAUGGAAAAAAGACAAAAAUAUCCAGCUGUUCCUCCAAUCUCAAGUUGGUUCCUGAUGAAUUGACCAAUUGCGACCAAAUCGGUGGUGUUUCGGUGAAAAUUGAAACUUCUGAUGAAAAUUCAAAUCCUGCCGAUAAGUCGGAUGAAAAUCAAGAAAAAAUUGAAGCAGAUCUGGAGGUACUAGGCAAAAUCAAAGAUGAGGAUAACCAGGAGCAAAAAGUGAAAGAAGAGACGGUGAAUCCUCACAUGGAGUUGAUUGAAAAUAAGGAAUCAGAAUCUUCUGAGAAGAUUGAUUCGAGUAGCAAGAAAGUCAAGGUUCCAGAGCUCAGUAAAAUCACGACAGAAACAGCAGAACCUAAUUCGCCCCCUAAGAAAAGAAGGGUAGGACGUCCUAGGUUAAGAGCAUUAAGCGAUUCAACGGAAGAGCUGCCAGGACCUGCAGGACCAAAACGUUCCGCUCGUCGUUUGUGCAAAGAGUCUUUCAAAAGUACUGUACUGGAGAGUGCGAUGGCCCGUAAAGAGAAAUCGAAUUAUACUGAUGAGCGAAAAUUCAAAAAUGAGAAAAAGUAUAGCAGACCCGGAAGACCUAAAAAAAUCGUUAAAUGGAAAGAUCAGAAUAAGCAAUCCGAUAAAAAAAACUGUGAAAAUCGAACUGAUAAUUCUCGGAAUGUGACAGACAUAAAUGGUAUGCCAUCAGAUGUAAAUGCCUCUUUGGAUUCAUCCAGAAACAACACAACUUUGUCGGACAAAAGUCCAAACGAUAUUAGCUCGGAAGAUCCACAGAAUUCUUCCAUGGAUCUUGAAGGAAUGCCAAAGUUGUCUCCAAUUACAAAAACUGUAGAUAGUAGUCAGACUAGUUCUGGUCAUUCUACAAGCCCUACGAGAGAAGACGACAUGGCCAUGAACAUUGAAAGUGAUAAACCUUUUUUGAAACCUAUCAUCAGUCGUAGUAAACGAGAACGUGGCCGACCAAAAGGAAGCACCAGUGCUAGAAAAAUAGCUAAAGUAGAUUCUUUCAAUGAAGAUGGAUCACCAUCUGUUGCAGAAACUGGUAAAAACAACGACUAUCCUGAAGAAGGCACAGUCCCGGCAAAAAGAACUCGGCGUAGUAUGGUUCCUAGUCCAAGUCCUGCCGAGGGUCAAGCAUCAAAACCAGAAUCCACGGCAAUUUUGAAUGAAGUCUAUACACCCUCUUUAUUGUGCCUGUGCCAGAUACGUUCUCAAUUAUACGUAACGAUCACAGGUUCUGGGGCCCCUCUUUAUUGUACAGCAACAGAUUCGAUAGAUAGUAAAGUUGUAGGCUGCUGCAACGAAGUAGAUAGCAACGACGUUGCAAUGCGCCGACCUAGUGCCAGAGUGCCUUUCAUAAUACUUUGUCGUAUGCAUAAGGAGCGAUUGCUUAGACACAACUGCUGUCCAAGUUGUGGACUAUUUUGUACACAGGGUAGGUUUGUCCAGUGUGUAAAUGGGCAUCAGUACCACAGAGAGUGUGAGAUAUACCCUAAUAAAAAAGCGUUGUGUCCUCAUUGUGGCUGCGACAGUUCGUCGUACGAUGUAGCAAUUACUAUGAGAGCAAUGAGGAAACCUGUAUUCAUACCAACUCGGAGAAAGUUUUCUAAGUUACCAUCUGCAAAAAUGAGUUUUACGGGAAAAGGAGACAAUACCAAACUGGCGGGUAGACCUCCCAGUCCUUUGAUCCCACCGGAAGCUAUUAAGAUUCAACAACCAAAUUGUAACGCUGACAGACCAGAACGUUAUACGAUUAUGAGUCUAUAUACGUCUGUCAAAAAUGGAGAUUUAGAGAAGUUGGUCAAUGUAUUAGCAUGUGGUUACAAUGCUAAUCACACAUUUCGUGAUUAUGCUCUUCGCACAAGCUUACACAUUGCGGCUGAUAAAGGUCAUUUGUCGUGUGUCCAUACCUUGGUACAAGCAGGGGCCCAGCUAGAUGUUAUGGAUAAAAAUCAGCUAACCCCGUUGAUGCUAGCUGCCGCAAAGGGAAAAGUUGAUGUUGUAAAAUACUUGAUUAAGAUAGGAGCUGAUGUAACAUUGAAAGGUGAAGAUGGUAUGACAGUGUUGCAUAUGGCAGCUAAGUCUGGGCAUUUGGAUGUGUGCCAAAUCAUUUUAGCUGAAUGCAAGGUUCCAAGAACCCUAGUAGACUCAGUGGAUGAUGGCGGUUGGACGAGUUUGAUUUGGGCUUGCGAAUUUUGUCAUACAGAAGUAGCUAGAUUUUUGCUUGAAAAACGAUGUGACCCUUUGAUAAGAGAUGCUGAGCAGAAUAUAGCUUUACAUUGGAGUGCAUUCAGUGGAAGUUCAGAAAUUACGGAACUCUUACUAAACCAAGGGUGUGAUGUCAACGCUGUCAAUGUUCACGGGGAUACGCCAUUACAUAUCGCUGCCAGGCAAGAUCAGUAUGCUGUAAGCGUUUUACUUUUGGCACGGGGUGCUAAAAUUGGAGAAACAAAUACAGCUGGAGAAACUGCUGUAAAUUGUUGUCCAUCAGAAGGCGAUACUAUGGCAGCGUUGAGAUUGAAUGCAAAAGUGAACGAGUUAACGGAACACAUGUGGGAACCUACAGUUAAAAUAUUGUCGAAUGACAUAUCACGAGGCAAAGAAACAAAUCCCAUCCAGUGUGUGAAUGGGUAUGACUCUGAAGACAAGCCUACCGAUUUCUUAUACGUUACAGAAAAUUGUUUUACAAGUAGUAUAAAUGUUGAUCGUACAAUAACGUCGCUGCAAUCUUGCCGUUGCGAAGAUUACUGUAGUUCCGAGAAAUGCUUAUGCGGGAAUAUAAGUCUGAGAUGUUGGUAUGACGAAGAGGGAAAACUUAUUCCUGAGUUCAAUUAUGCUGAUCCGCCGAUGUUGUUUGAAUGCAACCAGGCUUGCGAUUGUAAUCGUAUAACAUGUAAUAAUCGGGUGGUGCAACAUGGCUUAACUCAAAGGUUUCAACUAUUUAGGACUAAAGGAAAGGGUUGGGGUCUAAGAACGUUGCGAUUCAUUCUAAAAGGGACUUACGUCUGUGAAUAUGUUGGAGAAAUCAUAUCUGAUUCUGAAGCCGAUCAUCGCGAAGAUGACUCCUAUUUGUUUGACCUGGACAACAGAGACGGAGAAACGUACUGCAUAGAUGCAAGACGCUACGGUAAUCUUGCUCGUUUCAUAAACCAUUCUUGUGCACCUAAUCUUCUACCUGUCCGAGUAUUCGUUGAGCACCAAGAUCUUCAUUUUCCAAGGAUUGCAUUCUUCGCUAACCGAGAUAUUGAUGCUGACGAAGAACUUGGUUUUGAUUAUGGCGAAAAGUUCUGGAUUAUAAAGUGCAAGUCAUUUACUUGUACCUGUGGUGCUGAAGCCUGUCGAUAUUCAGAAACUACAAUUCAACUCACGCUGGAUAAUUACAGAAGAAAAAUUCAACAGGAGGAGCAGCUUGCCGCACAAUUAUCUUAAUCUAAAACUUUUAGUUGGUGACUUUAGGAAAUGUUGCGAGAUUCCUGUAGCAUGGUGUCAAAUGAAAAAUGAAUGAGAAACCUGAGAGUAAAAAGUAAUAGUAAUAAUGAAGUGUCGAUUGAAAAAUUCAAAAUCUUGAGAAGGCUGGAUAUAAAGUUGGCAGCAUAGCCAGUAUAUCAAUUGUUAAUGAAUUUGAGAGAUGCGUUAACAUAAUUUAAAAAAGUUAUACUGUUAAAUAUUGUUUAUCACGUGGACCAUUAUCAUAAUUUGAUGCUGAAGCACUAUUAUAACUUAAUUAUAGGUAAUUAAGUUCAUUUCGUUUAAGGUAUUGGAAUGUUGACAGGGGUUGUAAUUUCGUAAUUAUUAGACUAAUAGUAAAACUGUUGCAAUUGCUCCAACUAUAGAUAAAAUGUUCCUGGAGUCUUGAAACAGAGGCAAAAACGGAAUAUUUUAU